AGCCCGGUGACAGGAGCCGGGCAGGGGAGGCUGCUGGCGCCCGUUUUCCCCCGUCCCCUCCCUCCCUUCCCCUCCGUCCCUCCAUCUUCUUCGCCGCCAUGUCCCAGAGGCAGGAGGCCGAGCCCGUCUCUGAGGAGGCCGGCGAGGAGAAGCAGGCCGCCCUGAUGACCGGCGUUGUUACUGUUCCCUGUUACCUUGCCCACGCGUCAGUUGCAGCAGGAAGGAUUGAGGAUUCGCAGGAGAAGGAGGCCGUCCCGCCCGAGAGAGCCGAGGAGGCGAAGCUGAAGGCCAAGUACCCCGGCCUGGGCCAGAAGCCCGGGGGCUCCGACUUCCUCAUGAAGAGGCUCCAGAAAGGGCAAAAGUACUUCGACUCGGGCGACUACAACAUGGCCAAGGCCAAGAUGAAGAACAAGCAGCUGGCCAGCGCCGGGCCCGAUCAGAACCUGGUGACGGGGGACCACAUCCCCACCCCCCAGGACCUGCCCCAGAGAAAGUCCUCGCUCGUCACCAGCAAGCUCGCGGGCGGCCAAGUUGAGUGACGCUCCUGGGGGCUCCCGCCAGACUCUGAGACGCUCGCCGUCCUUGGCCCCGGCCCCCCGCCCCGGCGGUCGGGGGUCGGGGGAGGCUCGGGCUGAGGGUCUCCGCGCCCCCCGCCGACGGCGUCACAGAGCCCCCACCGAGACCCCGACUUGUCAGUUGGCCCCCAACCCUGUCCCUUGGCGAACUCUUUGGGCGGGCGUGGGGGAGCCGGACGCCGGGGCCUGUGGAGACCCCCGGCCUCUCCGGGACGCCGAGGCUGGUAGGGGGGACGGGGGGGGGAGCCCCGGCUCCGGGCCGGGAGUCGGCGGGGAGGGGGGCCGCUCGCCCCGCUCCAGGGGGCCCUUGGAGCCUGGUGGAGCUUUUUCAAUGUUUGAAAUAAAAAACCCGAAACGCACGAGGUGAG